AUGCAACAACAACAGAAUCCUGUGAGACAGCCUGAUACUCAGUCUGAUGUUCUUAAUCAAUUCAUGAUUGAGACGUGGUCUUCUAUUAGAAAUUUGGAGACUCAGAUAGGGCAAUUGGAUACUCUUAUGGCCAACUGUGCUCAAGGGAAUAUUGAGAGCAUGAAUGCUCUAUGUGAUUUGGGAGCAAGCAUUAAUCUGAUGCCGCUUUCAGUUUUCAGAAGAUUAAAGCUUGGGGAAGCAAGGCCUACUACGGUGACAUUACAAUUGGCAGAUUGUUCAUUGGUACAUCCUCGAGGUAUAAUAGAAGAUGUCCUAGUUAAGGUGGACAAGUUUAUCUUCCCAGCAUAUUUUAUUGUACUUGAUAUGGUGGAGGAUACAAACGUUCCACUCAUCUUGGGUAGACCAUUCUUGGCAAUAGGCCAAGCUUUGAUUGAUGUGCAGAAAUAUUAG